GCGCCCCACCAGCAUUCCGCACUCGACGCGAGGGCGAAGCGCACGCCCUAUCCACUCUCAUAUCGCGAGGACGCGCCGCGCGCUCGCGGCUAGACGACCGCCAUGUUUGACGUAUUCGGCUCCGUCAAGGGGCUGCUCAAGCUCGACUCUGUGUGCAUCGACAACAAUGUGUUCCGGCUGCACUACAAAGCCACCGUGAUCAUCUUGAUCGCGUUCUCCCUGCUCGUCACCUCGCGGCAGUACAUCGGCGACCCGAUCGACUGCAUCGUCGACGAAAUUCCGCUCGCCGUGAUGGACACCUACUGUUGGAUCUACUCGACGUUCACGAUCCCGAACCGGCUGGUGGGCCGCGUCGGCCAGGACAUGGUGCAGCCCGGCGUCGCCUCGCACGUCGACGGACAGGACGAAGUGAAAUACCACAAAUACUACCAGUGGGUGUGCUUUGUAUUGUUCUUCCAAGCGAUCCUAUUCUAUGUGCCGCGCUACUUGUGGAAGACUUGGGAGGGCGGCCGCAUCAAGAUGUUAGUGCUCGACCUCAAUUGCCCCGUCGUGGGUGAAGAUUGCAAAGCGGACCGUAAAAAGUUGCUCGUAGACUACUUUCAUACGAAUCUGCACACACAGAACUUUUACGCGUUCCGGUUUUUCAUAUGUGAAGUACUGAAUUUUAUCAACGUGGUUGGACAAAUAUUCUUCAUGGAUUUCUUCCUGGACGGUGAAUUCUCGACGUACGGCCGUGACGUGGUGCGUUUUACCGAAAUGGAACCGGAGGAACGCGAGGACCCCAUGGCGCGAGUGUUCCCUAAAGUGACGAAAUGCACCUUCCACAAAUACGGUCCUUCGGGAACCGUGCAGAAAUUCGACGGCUUGUGCGUGCUCCCGUUGAACAUUGUCAACGAAAAGAUCUACGUGUUCCUCUGGUUUUGGUUCGUGAUCCUGUCUGUCUUGAGCGGUAUCUCCCUGUUGUACCGCAUGGCGGUGGUGGCGGGCCCGCGCGUCCGUCUCUACCUGCUGCGCGCACGCAGCCGUCUCGCUCCCCAGGAGCAAGUCGAAACUGUGGCACGCAAACUGCAAAUCGGUGAUUGGUUCGUGCUCUAUCAACUGGGAAAGAACAUCGAUCCGCUUAUUUACAAGGAGUUGAUGGGUGAAUUAUCCGAAAAAUUUGAAGGGAAGGACACUGUGUAGUUGAAUAACGCAUAUUAGUGGACAUUGGGUCAGAGUGCCGUGUAGUGUGGGGCCCGGCCCGCGGCUACCUGCGCGUGCGCGGGCGCCGCGGGCCGGGGGGGAGCGCACAAAGAGCGCCGGGAGCGGCUGCACGCCGACAUUCCAUUACCACGUCCGGGGAACGACCUCCGCCGGGCUACAGUCAUUGUAUUCCAGAACCGCUUUAAACUUGUAACGCUACUGAAAUUAUUGUAGGAGAAAACUCUUCCAAACGCAACUAUUCGACUGAUAUUGUGUGUACACGCGCAAGCAUUUAGUGUAACGUUUUUGGGGCAUGUUUACAUAAAAUAGUCGUAGCUGUAGUAGAUCUCGUGCCUUCGUUUUGUAUUGUAUUAUUUGUGUGCGUGCGAGUGGAGUGUUCAGGGGACGUUCUCAUUGUGAUAUGUAAUUAUUAUUAAUCUAAAUUAAGUGUUUAUCGUGUACGAGAUUGAUUGAGUGGACGGCUGGCUUAUUCCUAAGUUUAGAUAGUUUAUCUAAUGUAUGUCUUUGUUAUCGAAUGUUAACUCGAUACGGUAUUGUAAAAAGCAAUAAUGAACUAUUAAUUUUAAGAGAUCAAUUAUUCGAAUUCGAUAGACAAUACUGUAAUUUUUACUGAUUGAUACUGAAACUUUUUAUACUGACGAUACGAGUCGAUCAUGGUUGAUAUUUUCUGAAUAUAUUUACUGCCACAUAA